UUGAUAGUACCAUCGCCUUAUAAGACUUUAAGACUUCGUUGAAUAAUUAAUUGUUGUCGACUUGCGUAUGAGUCAUUGAAUCUUUGCAGUAUUUUUUAUAACAUUUAGAUUGCAGUGUCACCGAUUAACAUGGCUGGUUAUUCAGAAGAUCAACUGUUAGAAUUUCAGGAAGCAUUCCAGCUGUUUGAUUCUCGUGGUGAUGGCAAGAUCCAUGUAGCACAGAUUGGAGAUGCCCUGAGAGCUCUCGGUCAGAACCCCACUGAGUCUGAUGUUAAGAAAUGCACACUACACUUGAAGCCGGAUGAGAGAAUAUCGUUUGAAGUGUUCCUUCCUAUCUAUCAGGCUAUCUCGAAGGCUCGUAGUGGCGACACCGCCAACGACUUCAUCGAGGGCUUGCGCCACUUUGACAAAGAUGGCAACGGCUUCAUUUCCUCCGCCGAGCUCCGGCACCUGCUCUCCACGCUCGGCGAGAAGCUCAGCGAUGACGAGGUGGAGCAACUGCUGCAGGGGCAGGAGGACUCGCAGGGUAACAUCAACUACGAGAACUUCGUGCAUCUCAUCAUGCAAGGCUGAGCGUUCUAGCCGUGCCCUAGUGAGUAGUGGCCUCUACGUCACGACGGAGGUCGACGCGACGCAUUUAUGGUGGUUGAAAGCACCACUCAUAUAAACUUACAAUUCCGUAUAAUUAUGUAUUCCCAAUCUAUUAUAUUCCAAAAUUAAAAAUAAUUUAAAUUAAUUCUUGUAUAAAUAAAUAAUGGUAACAAAGAAAUA